AGUUCAAAUGGGUCCACUAUAACACAACUCUAGUUCGAACGAAAGCAAAAAUUAACAUUUGCGAAAACAGCUACAGCACCUUAUUUUGAUGAGUACCACCAGCAUAUUUGAAUGAAAAGCCUGCGAAUAUAAGCCAACAAAACAUGACACAUAUCCCUCUAGCCCACUAGAGAAUUGAGUGCAGAGUGUUUGGACGUUUAGCUGCCGCUCCCGCCAAAAUGAUGUACUUGCGCCGCCUGUUCACACAGGAGCUUAGCCCCGCCGCCACGCAGAGUGACUUUAUCGGUUGCCUGCAGCAGACGCCGCAGCUUCUGUGCAACGGUUUCAGCGGUGCUCCAGCACUGGACAGCCUGUCGUGGUUACACAACGUGGCACCAUGCUUUCCGUUGCGUGGGGACCAAGUCCAAGUGAUACACGAGCCACAUCACUUUUACGAGACGCUGGUGCAGCGCAUUUCAACAGCGAGGCGGCGCAUUGUGCUGGCCAGUCUGUACCUGGGUACGGGUCAGCUGGAGAAUGCGUUCGUGCAGACGUUGCGUCACAGCUUGCAGGCGCAGUCAACAUUGCGUCUUAACGUGUUGCUGGACUUUGCUCGUGGAACACGUGGAGCGGCCAACUCCAAGACGAUGCUGCUGCCUUUAGUGCGUGACUUUGGCGAACAGGUCCAGCUUUCGUUGUAUCAUUCGCCGGAUUUGCGUGGGAUGACCAAGCGACUGGCACCAGCGCGCUGGAAUGAACUGCUUGGCCUGCAGCACAUGAAGGUGUACUUGUUUGAUGAUGUAGUCCUUAUUUCCGGAGCCAACUUGUCUAACGACUACUUCACGAAUCGCCAAGAUCGUUACAUACUCAUUGAAGAUAAGCCGCUGGCCGACUUUUACGCGCAAUUCAUUGAGCGCGUUCAGGAAUUUAGUCUGGCGGUGGGUAAGGAUGCUGUGGAGGGCCUUCAUCGCAAUUGGCAGAUACUGCCUUACGAAGGCACCAAGGAGCAGUUUAUACAGAAGGCACGGCAACGCAUUGUGGAUUUUGUGCAACAGGUAUAUCAGCGGCAGGCGCAGCUGCAGGAGCAGUAUAGCAAAGCCGACACUUGGGUGUUCCCGCUGCUGGAGAUGGGCCAGAUAGGCAUACACCACGACAGCGUCGUCACCAAACGACUGCUCGCGAGUUGCAAUUCGGGCUCGCGUCUAAAACUUGCCACCGGUUACUUUAAUUUAACGCAGGAGUACAUGGAUACCAUCACUCACAAUUGCUUGGCGCAAUGCAGUAUUCUUAUGGCGCAUCCCAACGCCAAUGGAUUUCAGGGCGCCAAAGGGCCAGCCGGUGGUAUUCCUGCUGCUUACACGCUCAUUGCGAAAACGUUCUAUGAGAAUCUCGUGCGGCGGAAACAGGAUUAUCGGGUCAACUUUUUCGAAUAUGAGAAACCAGGCUGGACAUACCAUGCCAAAGGCUUGUGGUACUAUUUACCUAAUGCAUGCUUACCCAAUUUGACGUUGAUUGGAUCAUCAAACUUUGGCGAGCGCUCAGUAAAUCGUGACCUCGAGACGCAGAUCUGUCUGGUUACAACGAACAAAGGGUUAAGUCAGCGGUUGCAGGACGAGGCUGAUCGUCUCUACGAGCUGUCCAAGACGGCGGAGCGGGGAAUUGUUCAGCGACCAGUGCCGCGUUGGGUGCAGGCCGUGGUGCGCAUCUUCAGGAAUUUCUUUUAAGGCCAUCGAGCUUAGCUAUGCAGAUGUAGUUCAAUUUGUUUUUGUUAAGCCAAAGUUAGUGUAAGUGGCGUGUUCUUAGCAUAAAUGUAUAUUGGUGUGUAUUCGGUUUAGUUUGUUCCAUAUUAACUUUUUAUACAUGCGGCAAAGACCUAAAUUGUUAUAAGUUUGAUUUAGUAGUGUUGGUUCGUACUUGCAGCAAUCCAACAUUAGUGCAGUUGAAAAUAAAGCGAAACUUGUUCAAUUUUUA